UGAGGCUAGGUCGUUCCCAUGCGCCAUUUGUAAUGUUUACUUCCGCCCAGCCUAGCGAGUCGGUGAGGUUUGUGCACGUGGGAUGUGGUGCUCCUUGUUCUUCGUAAAAGCUACCCUAGCUAGUGGUUGGGGUGGACAUUAGAGGAGGAUGUGGGGCCCGGCGAUUGGGCUGCCUCCACGGCUGGCGCUAUCAGUGUUGGCGGGACCCGGUCGCCCUUGCAUCCUGAGGUUAGAAGCCGUGACGCGGAAAGACUGGCAAGCAAGGGACCGCUGUGGCUACUCUGACUUCUACCCUCAGCGGUUGUCUGAUCUUGAUUUCGAGGAGUCACCCUCUGGGGCAUCCAGGGGUCGAUCCGAGUCUACGCGCCACAUAGCAAGUAAAAAAUUAGCCAAGAACCUGGUACGAGACCUGCUAGGGCACCAAAAAACAUCCCGUCAACUUAUAAUAGAGUGCAAUCCAGGUCCUGGAAUCCUGACUGAGGCAUUACUUAAAGCUGGUGGCAGAGUGGUUGCCUUUGAAAGUGAAAAGACUUUUAUUCCACAUUUGGAGUCCUUAAGGAGGAAUGUGACUGGAGAGCUGCAAGUGGUUCACUGUGACUUCUUUAAGAUGGAUCCUAGACAUCAGGAGAUAGUCAGACCAGAAUACAGUUCACAUACAGUUUUUCAGAAUUUGGGAAUAAAAGCAGUUCCUUGGUCCGCAGGUGUUCCUAUAAAAAUAUUUGGAAUCCUACCAAAAAAAUAUGAAAGACGAAUACUUUGGAAAAUUCUGUUCGACCUGUACUCCUGUGAAUCUAUAUACAGAUAUGGACGAAUAGAACUGAAUAUGUUUAUUAGUGAAAAAGAAUUCCAGAGACUAAUAGCGACUCCUAAAAGGCCGGAUUUGUAUCAUGUAUUGAGUGUACUUUGGCAAGUGGCUUGUGAUAUUAAGUUUCUGUACAUGGAACCUUGGCCGUCAUUUAGUAUGUAUUAUGAAAAUGGGCACGUAGAAAAGUCAAAGAACGGGGAAUCAUUAAAAUCAAUGAAAGAAAACCUAUAUCUUGUUCAAAUGAUUCCUCGUAAGACUUUAUUUACAGAAAACUUAAGUCCUCUGAACUAUGAUAUAUUUUUCCACAUGGUAAAGCACUGCUUUGGGAAGCGCAGUGCCCCAAUAAUACACCAUUUACGUUCACUGAGUACAGUUGAGCCGGUUAAUAUACUGAGGCAGAUAAGGAAAAAACCUGGAGAGACAGUAAUUAGAAUGUAUCCUCACGACUUCAAGAGGCUUUUUGAAGCUAUAGAACGUUCCGAAGAGUCGGUCUUUAAAUGGGUCUAUGACGACAGCUUGGAGGAUGUAGCGGUUUAAGAAAAAGUCUACAAGCGACGAACUGGAGCUGUUUGUUUAUUUAUUU